UUAACGUGUUACUUCUGUACAUUUCUUACAGCGCCCAGAUCUCUUCAUAGAGAUAGGCCGCCGGAAUGCGACAAAAGGUCGAACAGAUUUCACCAUUUAAAGGAAUUUCCUUACAACUAUGAAGGAGAAACAAUAAGUAGUGUUACAGGCGCGUCCUCUGCCCGCUCAGGGUUGAAAAUCCGCGCACGAUGUGUCGUCAAGUCUGUUGCACCAUGUCAGCAUGUCUUGAAGAUCGACACAGUUGAGCUCUGGGAAGCCCAGAGCAAGAACCCAGGUCCCUUGGAUUAUCAGAUAUCCCAGGGAUCAACAGCUUUUGCUGAAGAGCUUCAAGCUCAAGACCUUGUUUUCAGAAUGGAUGCGGGACGCAUCACAAAUAUCCUCGCCCAUCCAGAGGAGCCCUCUCACGUCUUGAACAUCAAGAGAGGUAUCCUCAGUGCAUUUCAGGUGCAGUUUGUUGACGACCAUGCCACCUUAGAGGAGGACGAUGUCGUUGGUAAGUGCAAGGUGCGCUACGAGAUUAAAUCUCGGCAUCUGAGCAGACGCCCGAAAGUCGUGUACAAGACACGCAAUCUUACUGAGUGCACAGAUCGUGCACAGACCGACAUCGGCAUUCACGUCCAUUCUUACGAAGAAAAGCCCAUCAGCUUACUGCAUUCAAACAGUACAUGCAAGCUGUACCUGACCGCUAAAAAACGCACCCAGAGGGUAGUGUGUGAAGAGGAACAUCUUUUCCGUCCAUUCUCUGGUGGUUACAAAAACGCUUCUGGAGCAAUUACCAGAACAAGACAAGUUUUGGAAUUGCAGUCUAUCCUUCCCGCAUCUGAAGCUAACGUACCUCUCGAGGGACUUCGCCCUGUGUCACUGAAGUAUGCGCAUGCUCAGCCACAGUCUAACCAAGAAGCUAUUACUGAUGCCUUUUACUUGGCAAGCCGCCUUAGCAAGGAGUCAAAACACUCCACAAAACCUGAGUCGGCCCAGCACUUCUCUAGCCUUGUUUUCAGCAUCCGCAAGCUUAGCACGCCAGCCAUGGAAACUUUGUGGCAGAAAAUCCACAACGAGGAAGAUCCUAAAAUGCACGAAUACUUCUACGAUGCUCUGCCUCACUGUGGUACAGGAGGAUGCGCAAAGGUCAUGAGUAAUGCCAUCAGGAACAAGCUGGUCAACCAUGAGCGUGGCAACAUGUUUCUGGCGGGAUUGGCUAUGGCAGCAAAUCCCACAAAGGAAACAAUUGAGCACGUGCUAGAGCUGUGUGAGGAGAACCCUGGAAGAACCGCCAUGUUGACUCUCGGAACGCUCAUUCACAAAGUUUGCGAGAGCAAGCCGCAGGAUUGUAAUGAUCAGGAUCGAGAAAACCCCAUCACAAAGGCUGAAAACUUCUUCCUGUCCCGUCUGGGUCAAGAAUGCAAGGGCCAAACACCCGAAGAUUUUGAAAACUUUAUCAUCACCCUGAAAGCUAUAGGAAACGCCGGUCGACCUUUAAACGCCGAAAAUGUCUUGCUCAGAUGUGCCUGGAACUUAGAAGCACCCGUGAACAUGAGCAUCGCAGCUCUUGAGGCCCUGCGUCGCUUGCCUUGUAGUAAGCAGAUGACAGACCAGGUCUUGCAGAUCUAUGAAGAGUUUAAUGUGGAUGUCGAGAUCCGUAUCGCAGCGUAUCUUGCCCUCACGAAGUGCCCGAGUCCAGAGGUGUUCAGGAGCAUCGCCGAAAUCCUAAAGCAUGAAGUGAACAAUCAAGUUGGUUCUUUUGUUUGGUCCCACAUGACUAACGCCAUGGAUUCCACUGAGCCAGUUCAUGGUCUCCCUCAAGCUGAAAUAAUGAAAGACGCCCUCAAUGGAAUGAGGCUUCGAGAGUUCAACUUGAAUAGGCUAAGGUUUUCACGUGCCUGGGAAGGUUCAUUUUACAGCGAUGUCCUGAGGUUCGGUGGAUCGGCUCAGAGCCACCUUAUUUACCACCCUACCAGUUUCUUCCCACGCAGCGCCAUGGUGAACGUCACCGUCGACGUCCUCGGUGCAUCCAUCAAUGUCCUGGAGGCAGGUGCACGUUUCGAAGGGUUUGAGAUUCUUAUCGAGCAGUUUUUCGGAGAAGACGGCUAUUUCCCUGAUGACCGCAUUAUGCAGAUGUUCAACCUGAAGCCCCACGAGGAGAGGGAUAAGGAAGAGAGAACUGUAAAGACUUGGAAACACAAACAAAAGAGGAGCUUGAACGAGGACUUAAACAAGGUGGAACAUAACUUGAACAAAUUGCACCGUAUGAUGGAUAACCGUAAGCAUCAUCCUUCUGGGGCUGUUUCUGUGAAGAUGUUUGGUAACGAAUUGAGACUUCUCAGCUUUGACGACAUCAGCUGGUUAAAUGACGAAGUAGACAAGAUCAACGUGAUCGACAUAUUAAUUGCUUUAGCCAAGGGUGGCAAAAAGAGCUUCAGUAAAAGCAUGAUGUUCUUGGACGCUGAGACUACAGUCCCUACCAUCCUCGGUCUGCCGCUUAAAAUGAGUGCCAAGGGAACCACGGUGGCCUCUGUAGAACUCGCCGGAAAGUUUGACAUCAGGAACAUGUUCUGGGGAAAGAUGCGGUUUGAUAUACGUGGCCAUGUCAAACCCAGUGCUAUUGUGGACGUGAGUGGCCGUAUGGGAGUGAGUGCAGUGUAUGCUGAAGCUGGCGUUCUUGUCAAUUCCUCUUUGUACACGGUAACACAUCUCAAGGGAAAUGCAUCCUAUGCUCAAGGAGAAAUCUUGAAGUUUGAACUGGGUGUCCCAGAGGAGCCUGUUCAGUUUGUCAACGUAUCGUCAUCGCUUUUCGUUACUCUCAACAACGAGAAACUAGCUAUUGACGGAACACCGAGGAGGAUUGAGCCUGCACCUUGCCUGAAUUUGACACGUGUACUCGGACUUACAUUCUGCAGUCAGCUGUCUGUGCCCUUGGCUUACCGUGACUACGAGUCACCGUACUUCCCAUUUUCUGGCCCAUCCUCCUUCAGUAUUUCAAUGACACGCACAGACCCUAAGCUCACUAAAUAUCAGUUGAUAGCAGAACGCUUGCAAACUGAAGACGAUAACAAGUAUGAUGUGAUGGCGGUAAUGUCCACACCUGGAGCAACGUGGGAGCGAAACCUGGAGGCAAACGGAACUCUGUGGAUUAAGAAGGAUGGCAAACUUCUCAGUGUGACUACUGCUGCUCUUGGCUUAAAUUUUGGCAAGUUUGAGGCAACUUACAACAACAUCACUCACGCAGUGAAUCUCACAUAUUCUGGAAAAGACGCUGUUUUCGGACACCCAAUCGUUGUUAAUGGUCACUUUUUCAACAACUCGGAGGCGGAUAGCCUUUAUCGAGAUAUGGGUUUCCAGUUGUCCGCUUCAUAUAGAAAUUACACCAUUAAACAGCUGACGAAGCUCUACAACAAUUCUAAUGCGUAUGGAUAUGUUAGCAACUUGACGUACUGGCCAGGCAAGUACCUGUUUUCCACUGGAGAACUAAACGUCCCAAAGAAGAGGAUUAGUUUCCUAGCAAAUCAUACUUGCACCCAAACGAAGAUCCGCUUCAAUGGAAAACUUGGUGAGGAAGAAGAUGAUUUUGUUUUUAGCUUCAGCAACAAGCCAACACAGGCAGGAAUCGAGCUUACAGGAAGAUAUCUCAAGGUUCAGAAUGAAGGGGUCCUUCGCCUGUUUGCCCGCCCAUGCAAGCAGUCCUUUACUCUACGUGGAUCAUAUGUCAAGGCGGGACAAGAGAAAGGUAUUCAAUUCACAGGAACGCAUGAAAACAAAAAUCGUGUCAUCAGCUGGUACACAGGUAUUGUAAACUCGACUAAUGAGAAGUCCAUGAAAAUAAAUGGCACCGUGCUUGGAAGCAAAGCAGAAGCUAUCUGGUCGUAUCUGAAUCUGACACAAAAUAAAGGAGUGAAGUUUCAGGGAGUCCUCCUGAACCAGUCCGUCGACGCCGUCUGGUCUUACGUCAACGCUGGGCAAGAACAAGGGCUGCGAUUUAAUGCAACUGGCCUAAACAAGACCCUUGAGGCAGCCUUAACGUACCUCAACCUCACAAAUGAUCAGAGCUUGAAGUUUAAUGCAACAGCCCUUAACAAGACCAUCGAGGCGGUGUGGUCAUACGUGAACCUCACUACAGAGAAAGGAAUGCGAUUAAACGUCUCGGGAUUGAAUCAUAACAUCCAAAGUGUUCUAACCUUCCAUAAUUUAACACAAGAAAAGAGCAUCAAGUUCAAUGCGACAGCUCUGAAUCAGACUCUGGAGGCUGUGUGGUCAUACGUAAAUGCAGGGAAAGAGAAAGGAUUACGAAUGAAUGUCACCGCCUUGAACAAGACCGCCGAGAUCAUCUGGUCAUACUUCCAUUUCGGCGACAAAAAAGGAGUACGUUUCAAUGCUUCCGCCCUGAACAGAACAGCGCAGGCAAGCUGGACUGUCAUCAACCGCCACACAGCGAAGAGUUUAGAGUUCCAAGCCUCCGCUUUAAAUAAAACCGUCAAUGCCACAUGGACAUUGGUUAGUUUGAGAAAUGAGAAGACUUUGAAGUUCAAUGCUUGUGUUGGAAACAACACAAUCAAUUCUUUUUUGACCUUCUUGAACUUGGAACAUCAGAAGAGCUUAAAUUUCAACGCAAGUUAUGGAAACAAGACCUUCAGCUCCACUUGGACGUUGUUGAAUCGUCCAAACGAAAAACGCUUCACAUUCAAGGCAAGUACCGGAAGAAAGAAUUACAAUGCUACCUGGGCCUUCUUAAACUUAGGAUCCAAAAAGACCCUAAGAUUCGAGUCUCACUGUGGAUACAGGAUGAUGAACUCCACCUUGACUUUUCUGAACAUGCAAAAUGAAAAGAGCGUGAAAUUCCAGGGAAUUGCUUUCAACAAGAGCAUCUCUUCUUCCUGGAGCUUCGCAAACGUGGAAAACGAAAGGAGUCUGAAUUUCAAAGCUAGUGCUCUCAACAAGACCAUCGAUGCCACAUGGACCUUCCUGAACCUUGCCAACGAAAAGAAAUUGAAGUUUAAAGCCAGUGCAGAAAACAAGACCAUCAACUCGUCUUGGACUUUCCUUGACUUCCCCAAUGAGAAGAAGUUGAUUUUCAACGGAAGCGUCCUGAACAAAACGAUGAACGCCACAUGGACCUUGCUGAGUACGGACAGACAGAGGAACCUGAAAUUGGAAGCGAAUUUUGCCAAUAAGAACAUAAAAGCCACGUGGACGCUUGUCAAUUUAAGAACUGAGAAGAGUUUGUUGUUCUCAGGCAGUGCUCUCAACAAAACUGCCGAGGCCUCAUGGACUUUUUUCAACUUUACAAGUGAAAAGGGAUUGAAGUUUAAAGCAAACUGCCUAAACAAGACUCUCGAAACAACCUUAUCAUAUUUGAAUUUCGUCAGAGAGAAGAGUUUGAAGCUCAACGUAUCUGCCAUGAACAAGACGAUUGAGACAGCAUGGACCUUCGUUAACCUCACCAAUGAGAAGCUCAUAAAAUUCAAUGCCACUGGAUUCAACAGAACUGCUGAGACUAUCUUUGGUUACGGUAUCGAUGGAAAUCAAAGAUCCAUCAAGUUUAACGCAUCCGCCAUGAACAAAACUAUUGAAGUUAGCACGAGUUUUGUGAAGAGUGGGGAGGAACGUGCUAUCAAAUUUCAUGCCUGCACCUCAAACAAAACUGUAAAGGCCGUUUGGAGCUACCUUCGGGGUGAAUAUGUACAUUCCAUAAAAUUCAAUGCUUCUGCUAUGAACAAAACUGUGGAGGCCACCUGGAGUUACAUGAGGAGCGAUGACGAGAGAGCGAUCAAAUUUCAUGCGGCCGCCUCCAACAGAACUGUGGAAGCCAUCUGGAGUCUCAAAAACAGCGAUCAACAAGAUUCCUUCAGGUUCAAUGCUUCAGCAAUGAAUAGAACCGUAGACAUUGUCUGGAGUUAUUAUAGAGCUGAAAAAGAAAGAGCCAUCAAGUUCCAUGCCUCGACCUUGAACAAUACUGUUGAAGCAGUUUGGAGUUACUUGCAGAGUGCGAAUGAGCGAUCCAUCAAGUUCAAUGCGUCAGCUGUAAACCAAAGCAUGCAGGCUAUCUGGACACUGUUGAACUCUGAGACUGAAAAAGGACUCAAGUUUAACCUCGCAGUCAAGAACAAGACCAUGAAUACUACUUUAGUGUACUUCCGUAAUCCAUCCAACUUGGGAGUACUUCUAAACGUGAGCUCCUGCAACAAAUCUGUCAGCCUGUUGAGCAAAGUCUUGUUACAGGGGGCAAACAAAAAAGUCGUCCUACAAGCUGCCUAUCAAAACUACAGUGUUGCUCUCGUCGGGGUCUUCAAGAACAUGACUUCUCAGAAAACUGCAUGCAUCUAUCCUGAAUACCUUGGUCGGUCGCAUGGGAAAAUCUGCGCUGUUUUUUCAAACAGCUCGGUAGAGACCAGUAUGUCUCUCAACUUGACGAUCCUUAACAGAACCGGUGAACUGAAGACGCAGUGGUAUAAGAACCCCACAGAAUAUGCUAACCGCCUAACUGCCAAGUUCCACAAUACAGUUUUCUUUGAAUCCUGGAUGAGCUACAUAAACUCCACUGAGCUGAGAAGCAUUCAUUUUAACACAACAGUCUUGAACAGAUCCGCCGAUACUACUUUUUACUUCCGUAACCGCACUGUAAAAGCAAUUGGAUUCAACGCCACAGUUAUGAAGAAGCAAGUUGGCUUCGAGGGAGCCUGGCUGAAUGGGAAGAUCAUAAAAGAAGCAGCUGUUCACUUGUUUUGGAACAAAUCUACUGUAGCGAGGUCAUCUUUGAUUUUCUUGAAUAACACUCAACGUAAGGCGCUUCAGUAUCGUGCACACCUUGGCCGUUUCGUCGCCGAAUGGGAAGGUACAUACGUCACCCAGAAACCUGGUGUUAAAGAGUUUCUGACUUUCCGCAUGCUCCGAAAUGGAAGCCAAAGUCUUUUCGUUGAUAGCGCAAAAUUGAUCUAUACCAAGACCGAAAAGACUCACGAACUUGGAUAUCAGUACAAUCUUAGAGCGAUGGGCCUCUCCUUUGAGCAUGGCUGGGAUGCUUCUUAUUACAACUUCUCUAACGUCGAGGAUUCCUAUCACGAAGGAAGGUUCUCUGUGAUUUAUUCUAAAGGCAAGAAAGUUUCAAUGACAGGAAUUUUCAGAAACACUUCUAAAGAACUUUCUAACACUCUAGUCGUCGAGUAUCAGCCCGAAAAAACGGUGACUCAUUCUUUAGUUUGGUACAAGCAACGCAAGUCAAUAAAUCUCAGAGCUGAAUUGAUUCCAAGCAAACCUUUCACGUGGACGACUACCUGGAACAGGAAUAAUGGCUUCUCCUUCAACAGCGCCUUGGAUAUUCUUGGCAAGAAAAUCGAAAAUCGAUUUGACUUCAACAAGGAGACAGGCUACUAUGAAGUCUACUUUGAAAUUUUCCCAGUUUAUCCACUGAAAGUGAGAGGAAUGUUUGUUCAGGACCACGGCCUGUAUUUCACAACGGAGAUUUCAGCCUUCAAGAGGACGUGGAAUCACAUAAUCGACUUCAACGAAGAGGAACGAAAACUGGCAAUUUCUGUCGAUGUCUUUCCCGGAACAGCAGUGGCUGCUGACGCUAGUUGGAAGAGUAUGGACGACAUAGGAAUAGCUGUCUAUUUGAAAGGCUUUGAGAAGUCACUUCGGGUGGUCUGUGAUUACGAUAAACUCACUAAGACCUUCACCUCUGGCCUAACCAUCUUCAAGCGAACACUGACCUUCACUGAAAGGCUAGACACAGAAACAAGGACCCUUUUCUUGACCUUUUCUGCCUUUAAUCGUACCGCUGGUUUUACAGGAAGGUUUGACUGGAAGAACUAUGUCGCCAGCACGUUCGUAAGCUACCAAAACAACACGGCAGGGUGGUUUAUUAAGUUUAACCCCGCCUCAAGAAGCAUUGUUUUUAACGUUACUGCCACGCCUCGUGUCUCUGGACAAGUGGUGGGAGAAAUGCAGGAAACUAAUCACCUUCAGGUCACGAUCCAACGCAAAUUUGGAGAAAAUGUAGUAAAUGAAUCACGCUUGAUGUACCUCCUGAAUUCUGACGCCAGUCGUGUUUCGUUAACGUGGAAUACCUCUACCAUAGCGACUUUGGUCAACCAAGCCCAAGUUUUUAAGACCCUCCUCAGGAACGUGACCUUGAGGUUCUACAACCUAACUGUCCUUAUGACGAAAAACCUGACUAAGGAGGUUGAGGUGCUUGUUAAGAAGUUGGAGGCCAAGAUCAAGCCCACCGUUCUCAAGUUUUACGCUGAAUGCAAGGCUUUCAACUACAAAGGAUUGAUGGAGAACGCCACAGGUAUGGCACAGAACAUGUCACUUCGACUUCUGAACAUCACCCUUACAUCAUUGAACAAUACUAUUAACAACCUUACAAGAAUGAUUGGUAACGCCAACUUUACACACAUAAUCGGUAAUGCCUCGGAGUUUUACAAGACGAUUCACCAGAAUGCCACGGUUGCUUACAGACGUUUCCGCAGAGAGGUGCUUCCUCCCAUAGUUGGAAAUGUAACCGUCCAUCUUCAGAACAUCAGCCGGGAUUUACAAGGCUGGGCCAAAAAUCUAUCCAUCAUGGCGAGUUCGGUAAUGGUGCGUGGAGAAAGAGUGGGUGAUAUUGCCGAGCGUGUUUCCAAAAAGGUUCAAGUUAUUACCGCGCAACUCAUGGAGAGAGUACAGAUGAAAACUCGCGAACUUAUCGAGAGGCUUCGAGAAGUUGAGAUGCGUGGACGGCGGCUUGGUCCCAUGUAUGACCAGUACAUGCUUGAGAUGAAAAAGUUCACUUGCAACUUCAACGCUUCCUGUACACUUAGGAAUGUAACAAUAUUUGCUAAGAACCUGACAACAAGUGUUCGCAACAUUACCGUUUUCGAUAAGACGAUCGAGGAGCAUUUCAAGCUACUGAACAAGACUUUCCUGGAGAAUUUCGAACAGCUUAACAAGACCGUGCGAUCCAAAGUGGAGGUCCUCUACAAGAGAGCUUGUCUCGCGCAUCAAACAGCGCUGAAUUUCACGACAAAUUUGACAAAGGUUUUACCCAAGCUGAUAAGGAAUGCCACCAUUCAAGCUAUCCAUUUGGCCGAGAACUUGACAAAGGAAUUCAGAAACAUCACCAUCCAGGUUAGGAAGGUCAUUCUAACUGCCUAUUCAGAUCUACAAAAGACUCACCGCCCUCUCAUUAAGUUUGCUAAGGACGUCUCCAUUUCACUCGAAAGGAAAGCUUAUCCUAUUGUACUUAAGAUUGUCCAUCAAGUGCGGAACUUCACCUUAGAUGUAAAGAACAAUGUUACGAAAUACUUGGAACCAAUUGUCAAACCCCUUGUUCCAAAGGCAUUCGAAGUAAUGCACAAAGUGCGCAACAUCACCAUCCGAAGUGUUCCUAUUGGCCAAGUCGUGGAUAAAGCUGUUCUUGUUUCCCUGAACAUCGCAUCUGAGACACUGAAAUUAAUCAACCACACCGUUUACACGAACGCCUCCGCUCUUAUUGCCUUUAUCCGUCACAAUUCACAAAAGUCGGCUGAAGAGAUCUUGGAUUUGACUAUCGAAAAGGGCAUGGAGUUCUUCAAUCUGUCAAAGAUGAUCUUAAACGAAUCACUUAGUCUGGGACUCAACCUGAGCCGACGAGCCAUUGUGGUUUACAACAGCUCGGUAAUGAUCCUGAAUAAAACCUUGCAGAAGCUUCUGAAGAUGCGUCCUGACGAAAUUGUGAACCUCUCUAUUCAGAAAGUGCAAAUAAUUGCCCAAAAUAUCACGGCAGAGGUCUUUAGUAUUACCAAACAGUUGCGUGCUUUAGAUGUUUCUGGCAAGAUCAAAGCAGCAUGGGCCAAAAUGGACGUCAUAGCUAAAUUCGAAGCUUUGCAAAUUACAGCCAAAUGGCAUCAACUUGUGGAGCACAUUCAAGCAUUCAACAUCAAGGCGAGAGCACUUCGUGUAAGAGACUUUAUCGGAAAUGCCUCACUGAAAGUUGCGAAAGAAUUGGAAGACAUCGCCAAUCUUGCCAAUCGCGUCUUGGCCUUAGCAACUGAUCUCGUAAACAUGAAAGUUUCAGGAGAAAAGUUUAUGAAGGAAGUGACUUUCCUUUCCAAGGAAAGUAGGCGAGUUUUCACCAAGUAUGGAGUCAUGGCCAAGAAUACAAGCCUUCACUGGGAAAGUAAAUUGCGAAAUGCUUCGUACGAAAUGGCAUGCCUCUACAAAAACAUCACAAUCAACAAGACCCUCGUAGCUUGCAACAUCUUGAAGAAACACGGUUUAAUCCUGUACAAUGAACACCAACAAGAAGGACUUAGACUGUACAACCUUUACAAGAACCUCCUGAUUAGGAUAUAUGAAGACUUAAAAGCUAAUGUCAUCCAAAGUCUUGGGAUCCAACGGGAGAAGCUAUUAGGUGAAUUGAAUGUCCUGAUCACUAAGGCUAGAAAGCUCGAGAACAUGACCUACGAGGAGAUAGUUGUGAAGACCUACGAGUUCCUUGGGAAGCACGGACUGGCCAUCUACAACAAAAUCACCGUACGCGCACUAAACCUGUACAGCAACAUUUCUACCCAUGCACGUGAAUUCUACGGGAAUGCAACUUUCCACGCAGUGAGACUAUACAAUAAUUUCACCACACAUGGACUUCAACUCUACAAAAAUGUCACCCUACGUGCAGGGCAACUCUACAACAAUGUCACGGUACGUGCGAUGCAAGUCUACAAUAAUGUUUCUGCCCAUGCUCUGAAGCUUUACAAGAAUGCCACACUGAUUGCGAUAAAACUCUUCAACGAAACCAAAAAUGUAACUUUGAGAGCGCUCAACCUUACCUUAGUCCUGGUCAAUCACACUAAGAUGAUGGCCUUGCAGUACUACAAUGCAACUCUAAACCUGACUAUUCACUACUUCAACAUGGGCCGAAACUACUCCCUUCAAUACUACAACCUCACACGCAACUUGAGUCUUCAGCACUUGUUGAAGUACUCUAAUCUGACGCGCAAUCUCACCCUGCAUGUCUACAACGUGACACGGAAUAUCAGUUUACAAGCCUACAACAAGACCAGAGCUCUUGUGCUUCAAGGAAUCCGUUACGUAAACCUCACCUUCGUCCCCUUGGUUAAGGCCAACUUCAUCCGAGGAAAGGUUCUCGUCCUGAUGUAUGCCAAUGAGGCUGUGGUUUUCGUCCAGUCGACCGCACAAUCUAUGCAAAAGUGGUAUAGUGAGAACAAAGAGAAGACUCUCGAGGAACUCUAUUUCGAGGCUUUCGAUCUCGCAGAACGCAAAUUCUUGGAGAACAGAGUCUUCUUAGAGAACAAAUAUGAAGAGUUCAAGGAGAUUGUUGAAAAGAAAAUCAAGGAGAAGAUUAACGAUGCCAAAGUAAGAUUCACAGGAAAAUUUGAAGAGUGGAAGAAGGAGCUGCACAAGCUGAACAAGACUCUGAUUAACAUCACCGGAGAGGCGAUCGCCCUGUACAACCAAACCGCUAACAUCACCUUCAUUGCUGCGAAAGAACUUCUCGCCGUCUUCCAUCCGUAUAUGAGGGAUAUGGCUAAUAAGACCGUCUUCUACCUAGUAAAGGCCAAGAACGUCUCUCUUCCACUUCUCGAAAAGGCCGGAAAUAUCACUUGGCUAACACUCAACGAAACACUAGAACUGUUGAGCGAAUCGGGGCAGCAGCUGAGAAAGAGCUAUGCAAAAUUUAUGGCCCUUGAAGACGUCCAGAGGCUUAUCCAGAAAUACCAGGUAAAACAACGUUAUGCAAUGGUUGAGAAAUUCGUCAUGGAGAGGUAUAACGAGAUCGUGGAGUACCUGAAAGUGAUGAAACCCACAGUUGAAGCCAAAGUGAAGGAGGCGAUCUUCUAUCUGAACGUAACUCUUCCAGCCGAAAUCAAGGGAAGAUAUGCUAUGAUGAAGGACAUGUAUGAUGAGAUUGAGAAAAAGAUCCAAACUCUAUUGGCUGAUCCCCAAAUGCUUUUCGAAAAGGCCCUUUCAAAGGCUCAGACUGCCAUUAAAGAUACAUCUAUUGAAAGCAUGGUGCAUCACAAACGCGUACAGGAACUAAUGGAAGACUUCCGUAACCAGCAACUGAUUGAAAGUUGUCAAGGAGUCGUUAAGAACAUUUCUGUAAACCUUGGAAAGGCCAUCGAGUUGGCAUUGGAGAAAGUCAACGAAUUAAUGGAAAAUCUUAAAACUAAGGCUGUAGUUAUGGCAGAUAAGAUUAAGACGAAGGUACAAGAAACGCGCCAAACUUUUAUCGUGAGGUUUGAAGAAUUCAAGACCAUGAAGCUUCGCGAGAUCGUUGAGCACAAUUCUGUGUUCAAGACCAUCGAGCUGGCGAGAAAUGUUUCUCUACAGAUCAGAAAUAUGACACUUGAGGCCAAGAACAUCACGAGCAAGUUUGUGGCGAUCGGAAAGGUCUAUUACACGAACUUCACUGCAAAAGUUCAGAAUUACACUAGGAUUUUGAAGGCUAAAGUUCAGAACUACACAAGAUUCUUGAGAGAAAGAGUUCAAAAUUAUACGAAGAUUGUCCAAGCGACUGUCCAAAAUUAUACAAAUGUCUUUAAUGCAACAUUCCAGAACUACACAAAGAUCCUCAACGCUACUUUACAGAAUUAUUCAAGGAUGCUCAAUGCGACAAUUCGCAAUUAUACAGCGAUCCUUACUAGUCAUCUCAGGAAUUAUACCGUAAUUCUCAAAGGCCACUACGAGCGCAUCUAUGCCAGCCACUUGGUCCCCUUGCACAGAAAUUACACCUUGUUUAUCAAGAAGUACCAAGCCUUAGCUGUGGACUGCAUCGGCCGCUGUAAGAAUUUGACUUUGAGAGGAAUUGCCAUUGCUCGCAACUGGACAACUGCUUCGGUGAAUUUCACUCGAAUGUGGAUCAACAAGACCUUGGAAGACGGUAUGAAGUAUUACAGAAAAGAACUCGAAAGAGGCAUGAGGUACUACAGAGAGGAAGUGAAGCCUUUGUAUCUCAACAAAGUCCUGCCAUUCUACAAAGACACUGUUUUACCUGUGUAUCACAACUACAGCAAGCUACUGAUUAUGUUGCAAAAGAACAUCACAAAGACGGCUCUUGAACUUAAAGACAGUGCAUUGGACCUGAAAGAAAGGGUAAUAAAUGUGAGUAGACAAGCUCUCCAGAUGGCACUUGACAUCGAGUCUUCUCUCGCGCUUCGUGAAUUCGGUAAAAUGACCAUCCGUGAGUCUGUUCUUAAAGGACGUGUCCUUUGCAUCCGUGCCUACAACUUCACCUUGAACUUGACUCGUUUGGCUGUGAACUUGACAAGGGAGACGUAUAAUAUCGGUAGGGUACGCCUUGCCUGUGCCUUGAACACAACAGUGGCUGCCAUUGAUUCAACUCUACUGAACUCCAAACCUCUCUUAAUGCUCUUCAAUGAUACACGAGCAGAGUUGAUCGAAACCGCUGUUUUCGUCACCAAGUACUAUGGAAUCGACGAUGCCGUCAAAGGGCGAAUGCGUAGAAGUUUUGACUUCACAAGGAACGUCACCAUGGACCUUGUCAACAGGCAUGGACAUUAUCUUAGAGGGAAAGCGCAGAUGACUAUAGAAUUUGUAAAUGCCUCUAUCCAAACUGUUAAUGCUCCACGAUUCAUUAAGGCAUCAACGCUCACAGCUCUAAAAUUUGUCAACACCACUAUGAGAUAUGUUAAUCACACCAUUGGAUAUCUGAACGCCACCUUCGUAGACGUAACGCAAAGACUCAACAAGACCAUCCAUUUUGCCCGUUCUAUUAUCACAAAGAAAAUCCUGGAUGCCCGUGUUGCUUUGAACAAAACCGUCCAAGAUUUCCAUGUGGCUGUCAAUAAGACAAUCGUCAAAGCUCUAGUGUCCAUCCGCAAUGCCCGUAUUGCCAUCAACAAGACCAUCACAAAUGCUCGUAUGGCCAUCCGCAACGCUGGUGGAACAAUCAACAAGACCAUCACGGACUUCCGCUUGGCUCUUCCCCAGUAUAUCCAGGUUACUGAACACGGUGUCACUGUUGUUAUCCCGAGAUUUGACGGAAAGAUCAAAGCCCUAGCCUUAGCCUCAGUAGAAAAAAUGAAGACCUUAAAACGGGACUUCCUGGAAAAGAUGCAAUCCCUUAAGGAGACAACCUUAGUCAAGGUUCAGGCGCUGAAACAGCAGGCUGCAAGGAAGAUUGAGUCACUGAGGCAAAACGCAGUGAUAAAGAUACAGUCUAUAAGACGGGAAGUCUUAGAAAAAAUGGAGAAACUGAAACAGGAAGUACCGGAGAAGAUAAGGCUUUUCAAACAACAAGCUGCUGUGGAAAUCGCAAUGUUGAAACAAAGGGCAGUCGAUAAGUACAAUGAAGUGAAACAGAACGUUAUUGUCAAGUAUGGAGAGCUGAGACAAAAGUCAGUUGAGAAGUUUAUUGAGCUUGAGGAUAAGGCAAGAAUUAUGUCGGGCCGUGUCAAGACCAUCGGUAAAGCAUGGGUAGCAGUAGCUAUGAAUAAGACGGUGCUCUACCAGCAAAAGGCAUAUGGCUAUGCCAUGAAGGUUUACAACUUAACCAAGAAUCACCAUCUCACAAGAAAAUACAUCAACAUCACCCUUCACUACUUCAAUGUUACCAGGGAUCUUGCUGUGUUCUACCGCCAGCAGACUUACAGAUUUGUGAUUAGCGCUUACAACCUGACUAAGAACCAUCCUCUUACCCAGAAGUAUGCAAAUAUCACUGUCCAUUAUUUCAACAUCUCUAGGAAACUUGCAACGGUCUAUCGUCACAAGAUGGUGAGGCUCCUACGAAACAUUUACAGGAGGACCAGGUAUCACCCCAUGACUGUGAGAUACCUUCACAAGUCUGCGUAUUUCUUCACCGUCGCAAAGAACUUCUUUAGAGGUUUGAACAUGACCUUGAUAAGGAACGUCACCAUCCAAUACACAUCCCGUGCUUUGAAUUUGUCCCGCCAGUGCUACAAUGUCACCAACAGAUACCUUUCACGUGCCUUGAACUUGUCGCGGCAUUGUUACAAUGUUACCCUGUCUCGUGCGCUGAAUCUGUCACGUUAUUAUUACAAUGCUACCAACAAAUAUCUAUCGCGUACCUUGAACCUUUCUCGCAACUUGUAUAACACCUGCAUGAUCCGCACUCUGGAUAUCUCCGUGCAAGUGUACAAAGUCGCUCAGAACGUCACACUGGAUAUCUUAAAUUCAACCUGCCCAUCAGAGGCCCUGGUGAAAGCCAUGAACUACUCCAAGAUCGCCAUCAAUGCGACUGUGAAGCUUUACAAGAAAGCUCUACGUCAAGCCAGUAGUUGCUCGGCUACAGCUUAUAACCGAACAAUCAAGCUUUUCCGCGAUGCCAAGAACUUCUCGACGAUAGCAGUAAACAAGACGGUCAAACUCUACCGACGAGGAUUGCUGAAAGCUAAGAAUCUCUCGACGAUAGCUUUGAACAAGACAGUCAAGAUCUAUCAACAAGCUUUGCUAAUGGCUAGGAAUUACUCCGCAGUGGCUGUGAACAGGACUCUGAGACUUUGCCAUCGUCUAUUCAAUAAAACCGUGUUGGUCGUUUAUAAUACAACCUUCAUGAAGACGUACAUUCCUAUGGCCUUGAACCUUUCACGUCAAUGUUACGGUAUCACCAAGAAUUUCACAGUCGAGGUCUACGAAGUAGCUGUAAAUGUAACCCUCGAUAUCUACAAUUCCACCUGUUUGUUAGAAGCCUUCGGCAAGACGAAGAAUUAUUCGAGAGUAGCUUUCAACGAGACGUUCAAACUUUGCACCAAGGCACUGGGUCACGCCGUGAAAUAUUCAACCAUAGCACUGAACAAAACCGCCAAGCUCUACCGAGAGGCAGUGGCUCAGACUAGGAACUACUCUGUUGUUGCUUUGAAGAAAACCAUAAGGAUCUACCAACGUGUGUACAAUAGAACUGUUCAAGCCGCUUACAACACUACUGUGAUGAAGAAGUACCUUCCAAUAGCUCUGAAUUUCUCACGUCAUUGGUGCAGUGUAGGAUUUAGCAUAACUCGAAAUUUCACCGCUGGUGUUUACGAAGUUGUCCAAAAUGUCACCUUAGAUAUGUGCAAUUCAAGUAGCUUGCCAGAACUAUUCGGAAAAGUCAGGAACUACUCACGCAUUGCCUUCAACCAGACCGUGAGGAUGUGCCUUGAACUAUAUGGCGAAGCUUACAACUUAACCUCGCAAAGAUAUGCCGAGCUGAAAAACUACACCUUGACGUUGUACAAGGCCAUUAUCCAGCACGAAAUCACUGUCUUGUAUUUGAACCACGCCCAUAAGUACCUGUACUACACCAGGAAAAUGAUUACAACACACGUCCGUAACCUGCACGGAGCUAAACGCUACUGGCAGAAAAGGAUGAGUCACCAAGUGUCGCAGAUGUCCUAUUCUCUGAACCCAAUUAAUUGGAUUCCGCCGUUUAACAGUACGGCGAUGAUCUUUGGUGGACCCCACGUGUACACGUUCGAUGGUACCUACUACAAAUUCCCAGGUUACAGUAAGGCUGGCUGCAUGUACGUCUUAGCAAGAGAUGUCCGCGACAACAAGUUUACAAUCCUGAGUCAAGAAACAGCCAUCAUCGUGAUCACGGAGGACUCGAGCGUGAAGAUACAUCAAGACGGUAGAGUUGAGACGGUUGUCAAGGUAACUUCAUCUGGAAAGAAAGUCUCCGACGGUUAUAACAGCGAGCUUCCAGUGGAGAGCUUCAGCACCACAGUUCAACGAGAAGGAUCUUUCAUCAUUUUCCGUCAUGACAUGGGCCUGGAGAUCGUCUGCGAUGUCGAGCACUAUUUGUGUACUUUCAACAUUGCUAGGUGGUUCCAUGGACGUAUGGCAGGUCUCCUCGGAACAAACAACAAUGAAUUCCAUGAUGAGAUGAUGACAAGCUCCAACGCCCAAACCAAAAAGUUGACCGAAUUUGUGGACUCUUGGGAGGUCACUAAAGAUCCAGAAUGCCGAGUAUCAAUGGAGAAACCGGAAAAGCCCAAGUGCAAACAAACAAGCUACAGCCGCCGCUGCCGAGAUCUUUUCAAGGACAAGAACUCUCCACUAAGUCGCUUCUUCUCAGUUGUCAACCCAGAACCUUUCAUAAAGGCCUGCGAACAAGAUUACAGGGAAUGCGACUCGAGCACUCCUAAAGACAUGAAGCACUGCAAUUCAACUGCUGCUUAUGUUGAGCUCGUUAGAAUGAAGGGACUGUGGGCCGAGUACCUGCCAGAGUGCGGUCGCUGCGGCGAUAAUAAGAUCGGAAAGACAUGGUUCCAGAAAGCAGACAAAGCUGUAGAUGUUGUUGUUUUUGUACACGAGACCUCUAUCCUGAAGAGCUAUGCUGAGAAGCUCCCGACAUUCCUCUCCAGUUUGACUGAGUCCUUGGGUGAAUCCAAAUUUUCCUUCCGCUUUGGAGUGGUUGGAUUCGGUGGUCGCUGGAUACACAAAGGUCCGCACACAAUCACCCUUGACGGUCAGCUGAUGAAUGAUAUUGAUAGCAUUGACGGGGCUUUUGAGCAUCUGAAGUUCUCCGACGCAGAUUCAGACAACGACAGUAGUAAUGCUUUGGAGGCUAUGGCUUACGCAGCCUAUAAGUAUCCGUUCAGGCCAGCUGCUACUAAGAUCUUCCUGCUAUUAACAAGCACUGAUCGUCAUUCAAUGGCUGACUUCGCUUCUCUCGAAAGUAUCAGUAGCAUGUUGGAAUCAAAAGACAUCAUCUUGAACGUUAUCGGAAAAUACCGAAAGUUCCGCGGCGAAGUUAUCGGUCAAAACUUCAGAGGAAAUGUGUAUUAUAGAAAGCGACCCGAGGCUGGUUCAGGUGUAGCUCCCCUUCCUGAAGGCGAGUACGUGUCGUUAAUGAAGUCCACCGAAGGAUCUGUGUUUGGCCUCCCGUUCCUAGGAUCAGAUAACAAAGCUAAAUUUGGAGCAUUACAACAAGCCAGUGUCAGUGCGUGGCGAGAGCAAAUCAAACGAGAUCAGUUUACAUGCAAAGAGUGCUUCUGCGCACGCGGAGAUGCUGGUCAAGGCAAAACCAUCUGCAAGAAGAACUCAUUCCAUACCAAAUGCUGAGGAGAACAGGAAUGACGAUUCCUGAAAAGGCCAGUACAGUAGAAAGCUUAGCUUCGCCCACGGAACUGUACAAAAGUCACGCUAUCUGUAACUUGCUUUAUUGUAGCUCGAAAAUGCUUAAACAAGUAUAUGUAGUAGUUGGGUCACGUUAUCGCAAAGUAUUAAUAAUUUAUAACAAAAGUUAAUUUUAUUGUAUUGAGAAGUUCACAUCGUUUCAAUAAACAAAGCAAGCCUUAGCGUGGACGAUGAUUUAUUUGUGAGAACCCUGUUCUCGAUGUCCGAAGAGUAGACUUCAUGAAAAUAUGUGAUAUAGUAGUUUUGGGCUAACUGAUGCGGGUGACUUUCUGGCCUUUUCGUAACUCAAUUCUUAGACAAUUUUACAAGUGAUGAAUAACAUUAUUUAAGGUUUCUUAGUUUUAUGGGACGGCUAGCCAUCGAUGCUUGCGAAAAGAAAAAACAGAGACAUGAUUUUAUUUUGAGCCCCAAAACACACCAGAGGGCAAAUGAUAUGUAUUCAUUAGUUUAAGUUGUUAGAAAGACAGUAAUUUUUUUGUUAAAUUUUUUUGUUUCACGGUGCCAGAACGUUCGUAAAUGAUGAAGGCAGGAAAAAGCAUCUCGCGGCUCUAUCUUCUGAUGAGAAGAACGUAAACCGAUAUCACAAUUUGUUUAUUUUAGGGGGGUUUAGUUUAUUGUUAAUAAAGACGAACAUUGAAAAUGAAA